UCUCUCUCUCUCUCUCUCUCUAUACGUAUAUUUAUAUUGAAAAAAAAAUUGAAUUCUCUCUGUACUGUUUGUUGGAGAAUAGUUAGGGUUUGGGAGGUAUGAGCUUUCAAGACCUUGAAUCGGGAAGGGCAUUGGGUUCGCGGAGGGAUUACAUCAAUGGCAAACAAGACCCAACGCAAGCCGUGGCUUCGGGAAUUUUUCAGAUCAAUACUGCGGUCUCAACGUUUCAGAGGCUUGUGAAUACCCUUGGAACGCCGAAGGACACGCCUGAGCUCCGUGAGAAGUUGCACAAGACAAGGCUACAUAUUGGGCAACUGGUGAAGGAUACAUCAGCAAAACUUAAGCAAGCUAGUGAAACAGAUCAUCGCGUUGACGUUAGUGCCAACAAGAAAAUUACAGAUGCUAAACUUGCAAAAGAUUUUCAAGCAGUUUUGAAAGAGUUUCAGAAGGCUCAGCGGCUCGCAGCUGAGAGAGAAACAGCAUAUACUCCUUUUGUUCCUCAAGCUGUUCUUCCUUCCAGCUAUACAGCCAAUGAGAUUGAUAUAUCAUCAGAUAAGAGUCUUGAACAGCGUGCUCUUCUUGUGGAAUCAAGAAGACAAGAGGUUUUGCUAUUGGACAAUGAGAUUGUCUUCAAUGAGGCUAUUAUUGAGGAAAGAGAGCAGGGAAUACAAGAAAUCCAGCACCAAAUUGGUGAGGUGAACGAGAUUUUCAAAGAUCUUGCAGUGCUGGUUCACGAGCAAGGAGCUAUGAUUGAUGAUAUUGGCUCCAACAUUGAGGGUGCUCAUGCCGCAACUGCACAGGGAAAAUCCCAACUUGCCAAAGCAGCAAAGACCCAAAGAUCAAACUCGUCUCUGACAUGCUUGCUCCUUGUGAUUUUCGGCAUUGUGCUUCUCAUUGUCGUCAUAGUACUUGCAGCCUAAUCAGGAAAU